AGAUGAGAUAAACUACACAGAAGCAAACGAAAAUUGUGUUGGGUAUUUGGGUUAGAGAUUUCCUUGGGUUUGUUUUAGAGUUAUCUGGGGUUUUGCAAGACUUCUUGGGCAGGGGAAGAAAUUGAAGGUUCAUGGAGAAAAUUUUUACCCAUUCCUCCCAUUAUUCUGUCACUCGAUUAAAAGUAGCUUCACUUAAUUACAAUCACCAUUAUCCUUCUGUGUAUACAAGGCCUUCUACUGCUUCUUUUAUUGCUCCGCUUUGUGCGAAGAAGCCUCUGCCCUUGGUACUUUCUUGCUUCAAUGGACAUUCCCAACGCCAGCGCAAAAAUCUCUUACCAUUAUGCGCCUUCAAAGGUCCACCAAAUCAUAUCAAGGAAACCCCGACAGCUCAACAUGACUACACACCUGCAUUCUUGAAAAAAAUGGCAACUUCUGCUAGAGCAGUUGGUCUAUUGUCCGUGGUAAUUGUGCUCCUUAUACAUCCUACUCUGGCAGCAUUAGCCUUUGCUGGUGCCAAUACCGCUGCAAAACCAGGGAACUCUGUGGCUAUUGCGGUUGGGGAGAAGGCAUCUGGUACUUUUUUGCUUAACAGUGCUUGGACUGGAUUUAUUGCAGGAUGUCUACACACUUUGUCGGGGCCUGAUCACCUUGCUGCACUGGCUCCUCUUUCUAUUGGUCGAACUAGAGUGGAAAGUGCUGUUGUGGGAGCUCUUUGGGGGUGUGGCCAUGAUGCUGGUCAGGUUAUUUUUGGUAUUCUGUUUUUGUUGCUAAAAGAUAAAUUGCACAUUGAAGUAAUCCGCACAUGGGGAACAAGAGUCGUGGGCAUGACAUUGCUUGUUAUUGGUGCAAUGGGCAUUAAGGAGGUCUCAGAAACACCAACCCCUUGUGUAGCUCUGGAUGGGGGUGAAUGUGAAGUGGACAUUGUGGAAUCUUCCCCAAAUUUGACAGGUGGUAAGAGAAGGAUUGGUUUUGCAACUUUUGCUACAGGAAUUAUACAUGGACUGCAGCCAGAUGCACUGAUGAUGAUAUUGCCUGCACUUGCUUUGCCAUCUCGUCUAGCUGGAGCUGCUUUUCUUUGUAUGUUUUUGUUUGGAACUGUUUUGGCGAUGAGUUGUUAUACAGUUUUUAUUGGGUCUUGUAGUGACGCACUUAAAAGUAGAGUUCCAAGGAUUACAGAGAAACUUACAUGGGUAUCCUCACUGAUAGCAAUAACUCUUGGAAUGGCAAUUCUUUUCAGCCAAUUAUUUGGGUUCAGUCUCUUCUAAAUCUAGUAGUUCACAAAUCUAGUAGCUCACCAUUAACUAACUCUUUUUUUUUGAAGAUUUUGUACAAUAGUGCAUUCAGGGGCUCCUGAUAUUCAUAGUAUGAGUUCCAAUUGCACGUCAACCCCUCUGAUUGUAGAUCUUAUCUCUGUCUGUAGACAUAGUUCUGAUCAAGGGGAGCAUUGAGUAGAUGAUUGUUUGAUUUCUUCGAGGUUGUAUGGAAGUCAUCAAUCAGUUUUGUCCCAGAAUAAACAUUUGUCAAUGUAUGUAGAAGAAGGGGCCAACAAUUAUGUCUAUCUUGAACUAGAAUAUUAUUUUCUACGUAAUUUAAUGUUUUGCACUUUUCAAAACAGAUCUGUCUAUAUUUCUGCUUAGUUCUACCUUAAACAGAAUGUUUGGAAAGUUUAGCAA